ACGUAAUUACAUGCGUGAUACUGAAUCGGGGAGCACAUGGCGUGGAUUUGACGUCUCCGUCGCGAUCGCUGCCAGAUCAGCACAAAAAAAAACCACAUUCGUUAUUCUCCGUCCGUUCUUCAAACGUCGUGUGAACAAAAAAUGGAAAUUCAGUAGAGAUCCCGUCGCCACCCGAAAGCACUCAUAUCCACACCACCGCACCACAGACCAGCAUCAACAGCCAGAGGCUAGGAGCUGUCCGCAGAGCUGAGAGAGAAGAGGUCUGAGUUUGUGUGAACACUGCCCGCUGCCUGCCAACUGUGCACAGAACCAGCAGAACCCGUGAAGGAUGAAGACCCGGAACGAUGCCCCUGUGGACCGAGGUUGGCUGGUGGGCGUUAUAUUCUUCAUUCUGGGCCUGGGCACUCUCCUUCCCUGGAACUUCUUCAUGACUGCAACCAUGUACUUCCAGGAUCGGCUCAACACGUCGGAAUGGGUCAACGGCACGGUCACGGCUCGGAAAGAAUACUACUUCAAUAACUGGAUGACUCUGCUAUCCCAACUUCCCCUGUUGCUCUUCACCUUCCUCAACUCCUUCUUGUACCAGCGGAUCUCAGAGAAGAUGCGGAUCACGGGCAGCCUGGUCUGCAUCCUGCUGCUCUUCAUCCUCACCGCCGGUCUGGUCAAGACCCCUGUGGAGAACACGGACACCUUCUUCUCCAUCACCAUGGCUACCAUCUGGUUCAUCAACUCCUUCGGGGCCGUGCUGCAGGGCAGUCUGUUCGGCCUGGUGGGGAUGCUGCCGCAGAAGUACAGCGCUGUGUUCAUGAGCGGUCAGGGCCUGGCCGGCACCUUCGCUGCCCUCGCCAUGCUGCUGUCCAUAUACAGUGAAGCAGGUAAGGAGACGGCAGCCCUGGGCUACUUCAUCACCCCCUGUGUGGGCACCCUGAUCACCCUACUGAGUUACAUCCUGCUGCCACACCUGGAGUUUGCACAGUUCUAUUUCAACAAAAGCAAGAACUACGAACCUGAGCCCAACCAUGAGCUCAACCAUGAGCUCCUGCUUAAAGAAAGUGAUGAGACGGUGGCUCUGGGCAACGGCAAGCAGAACGGCCACGCCAACGGCUCCUUGCCCAACGGCACGCCAGUCCACUCCGGCCACAAGGAGGCCUUCAUCACACUGGAGUCGGCCCGCACCCCGGACAAGAAGCUGUCCGUCAGGGAGGUCUUCAAAAAGAUUUGGGUGAUGGCGUUCUGCGUGACGUUUGUCUUCAUAGUCACUCUGUCCGUGUUCCCCGCCAUAACGGUGGAGGUGAAGACCCAAUCCGAAGGAACAAAAUGGGAGGUGUACUUCAUCCCUGUGUGCUGCUUCCUUUUCUUCAACAUCAUGGACUGGGUCGGCAGAACCAUCACCACGGUGGUCCAGUGGCCCCCGAAGGAGAGUCGUCUGUUCCCGGUGCUGGUGGUGUCGCGUGUGAUCUUCAUCCCCCUCAUCAUGCUGUGUAACAUCAGGAACCAUUACUACCUCCCAGCACUAUUCCCCCAGGACGCAGCCUUCUCCAUCAUCAUGCUGCUGUUCUCUGGGACCAGCGGCUACUGUGUCUGCUUGUCUAUGAGCUACGCGCCACAGUUGGUGGCGCCCAAAGACGCAGAGACGGCUGGGGCGUUGAUGACCUUCUUCCUGGCCUUGGGGCUGUCUUUAGGGGCGGCCCUUUCCUUCCCCCUGAGGGUCCUGGUGUAGGAGGGACGCCCAACCCCCCACCUUCCUCCUGAAUGUGUCUGUAGAGGCUCUCUCAUUGGCCCAGCAAGCAUUCCCAAUGCUCUCUUCACCAGUAACAAACACACAAUCCUCUGUCUCCACCAAUCAGAUUCGAACAUAUACCACCAUCCCCAGCCAGUCAGAAACGCACAACGCCGUGUCCAACAAUCACAAUUCGCAAUUUACAACAGUCGUUUGGCAGAGGUUUCUCACUAAAAAGACUUACAAAAGUGCAUUAAAUGAGGCAAUGAAACACCACGUAAACUAGGGAUAGGUAAAAUCCAUUCCUCAAGACCUGCAAAAGAAGGGGAGAGAAGCAUUAGAUUGAAAAAAAAUAUAUAAACAUUGUGAUGUCUUCUGGAAAGGUCAAUCGCAAACGCACAGCAAAUUCUCCACAGAUUGUAUACACAUCACAAAUGCUCACCGUCUCCAAUCACAGAUACAUACACCUCUGUCUCCACCAAUCAUAAACCAGUCACAAACUGCUCCACCAAUCCGAAGUCUAGAAAAUUGCGGCAUCAUAAUCGAUAGGUAUAUCUAGCACAUUAGCCUGACGGUGUCCUGCUGAAGAUUGUGCAGUGCCAAGUACGAGGUGAAUGUAAAUACCAGGUCAGUGCUGGAACACUGCUUCUCAUAGAUGACUACUUUCUGUACUAAUUAGCGGAUAUUUGAUUGCACUGCUGAGACAGACUGCAUGCCGCGCAGGUUUACAAUCCGGCUUCCCCUGGGUAAAAUAGGAGCCUCGGCGGGAAGGGUGUCUAACAGAUGUUUUUGUACAUAAUUUUGUUUUAGGAAAUGGCAAGCUUGGCCUUUGUAUUUUGUUAUUUCAGUCUUGCGUGACUUGAGUGUUGCUCCUAGUCUAGGGGUAAAUCUGCACUAUUCUUAAAGACCAAGGCUUUUUUUUAGUUUUGUCUUAUUUUUAUUUUAUUUUAUUUUUGUUUCUUAUUAUUCACCUUGUAUUUUGAAUCCAAUUGUUUUAAAUCAAUAUUGUUUAGUACAGUGUAAUUUUGUGAUUCUAUGUUAUUUAUUAGUCCUCUUUGGUUCUGUCAGCGUAGGCCAGUAAAAGGGGGAAAGCCAAACAAGGAACAGGCAUUUCUCUCGCUUUUUAGGGACGUUCUCGCAAUGUUUUCAGGGAUGGGUCAGAUGAUUUCAUGUCCAUUUCUCAGCUGCCUGUGUGCAAUUCCUCAAUACACGUUUCUCGUGGCCCGGCCAAUCAGAAAGAUCAAUUCCUCUGUUCCUAUGGCGAUGUGGGCAGGCUCUUCCCAGCCUGUUCUGCGACGGGCGCGGGGCAAGGGAGUGACCCCAUCCCCGUUUCGGCAUGUGACAUCAUGUUCCUGACGCCGAGCGGCGGCCAUCUUUGGGGUCCGUGUGGAAGGAUUGACACUGAAGCGCAGUCCGCUGUGUCCAGCUAAAGAACUGUCUGAAACCCUGGAAGGAUCUCUGGAAGGCUGUGGCUUUGAAUCACCAGAGUCCAAAUGGAAGAGAAGAGUAUGGGAAAGUAAAGUAAGGGAAGAAAAUGGACUUGGAACACCCUAAGGGGGAAAAAAACCCUCCUGUAUAAAUGUAUAUCGUUAACAAACUUAACUUAUGUAUCAGGAAAAAUACAUUCUGGGUGCCAGGAACAUGACAGUCAUGACCAGGGCCUGGAGAAGUAAUCGUUAUUGUUUCAUAAGCAUUUCAGUUUUCAUUUACACUUGACACAACUUUACACUUAAACCAUUCAUUCAUUUCCAAAAUGAUGUCAAAAUUAUUGACAGUCCUGCUUCCAGUAUUCCGUGCAACUUAUCGGUGCACCUAUAAUGUCUUAUGAGACAAGCUUUUCAAGUGCAGACUCCUCCAUUCGAACCACAAAUUGUCAGUUAAGUCUAGGGUCUGAGAUGGCUGUUGCAGAGCAGUCAGAUAACCAUUUUUUGGUUGAUUUUAAAGUAUCACUGGCUUGCAGAAAGUUUGUGGCCAAAUUUAAACUUUCUGCAGGGGGAAUUCCUGGUUCUUUGCUGGAGCUCAUGGUUUCAUUGACCUUAACAAGACUUCCAGGACACACAGAUGCAAAACCGCGUAGAGGCAAAUAUCCACCACAUUUCACCAUCAGCCACAUAUGCAAUCAGUAUUCCAACGCCAAACCCCACCACUGUUGCAAAGAAGCAAUAUGUCUGAGCACAGUCCUUUUUGAUUUGUGUAAAUGUACCACUGCAGAAGAAACAAAGUAAUUUGAGCAGCGUGGCUAACAGAGCUAACGCCAGUCUAUGCUUAUUGCUAAAUGAUUGCUCAACUUGAGUGCCUACAGGAAACCCUGUAGGAUCUCAGCUGUAAUUUAGGAUGACAUCCCAGAGGGUUACAUGAUUAUUUCUCCAGGUCCUAUUCAUAGUACAUGGACCACAGCAGCUGUAGAUUUCACUUCCUUACUUUGCUUUUUGACUUUUAAAUGUUUUAUGCCGUUUUUUUUCACUUCUCUGUUUGUAUUAACCUUGCGUUACUGCUGAGUUGUUGCUGAAGUUAGAACAACACGUUUAGAAAAACACGUUCUGUGUACUAACCCACAUCAUUGGUGUGUAUUAAUAGUAUCUGAUAUGAGUGCAGUCUGACUCUGGACCAGACCCGUUUUGUUAGAUCUAACAAUAGGUCAGCUAUUAGAAACAUACAAAACAAAAGGCCUUGUUGCUGCAGACUUCAAGGACGUGUACAUAUUUGGGAAUAAUUAUAAACUUGAGGUGUUUACAGUGUUAAUACUUGUUGUGAAUUUGAAAUUGAGGACUUCCCUCGUGUGAUGCUACUAAUAUUGUUAAAUAGUGGACAAGAUCUUUAAGAUCUGACUUGUUUUUAAUGGGCUCUCACAUUGAUGAAGGGAGCGCUAGACCUACUGGAAAUAUGAAAUGGAAAAAGGAAGGGAAAAAAAAAAAAAAACGAAAUGAAGCUGUCAGGUCAGGUCGACUCCAGUGCCAGGCAUAGCUGAGAUGGGCUGAGCAUUGCUGGUAUUAAAAAGAGAAAUGGCUUGUGUGUUUGAGGAAUGUUUUAACGGAAAUGGGCCUUAUUUGGCUGAACACACAUACAGCCAGGCAUUUACACAGCAAACAAAAACCGAAAAGCCCCUCCAGCUAAAAAACAAUCGUUGUGAAAGGCAUGCAUGGGCGUGUGGUGUCUCCCAGAUUCUUGGAAAGAAAGAAGAAAACUUAAUCCUUUCGCAUUUCCUUUGGCUCUUGCAGUAAAACAUCUGCUGAAAGCUGCCAUUUUGUUUUGAGCAAAACUGUUACAACUAAUUGUAAGCUCCAUUGUCUAAACCAAUUGUCAACUCUUAACCCUUUCAGUCCCAAGAGUACCAUAUGGCACUUGAGUGAAUCUACUGUAAAAUCCCAAGAGUGCCAUCUGGCCCCCUCAAACUUUUUUGACCAAUCAAAAUGACUGCUAUACUAUUGUUUUGAGCCCCUAUUAAAACCCUACUAAAAUUCUCUCAAUUUUCUCAACCAAAGUCAAACCCCUCUUGGGAUUUGGGUGGAGCCCACUUCAUAUUGGGGUUGGGACUGAAAGGGUUUAACAGUAGUAAGGGUUGUCAGUUUCUUAGCUGAGACGAGGGAAAUAACUGGAUGGUAUUUUGAUGUAGUUGCACUGCACAUCUAGAGGGGACAAUGCGAUAUGGUUUCUACUGAAGGAGGCUCAGAGGUAUCUUAGGUCAGUGGGAGCCAAGAUGGUGGUUCACAACCCUCUCCUCUGGGAUUUCCAGCCAGAUGCAGGUAUUCGAUGCCUUCGACCUCAAGCACACCCGAUACAACAAAUCAUACAGGCAUCACCACACAUUAAAUACCUGGAUCUGGGAACCGCCAUCUUGUGUCAUCAGUGACCUUCUACUGCCAGCUUUACAUUUAUUUUAUUUUUUUGCGCUAUGUAAAUUUGAAAGUUCCGCACUGCUGAAGCCGCUUUCCCCAUCCCACUGUGACAGUAUGAAGUACCAUCACAAGUUGUUAAGCAAUGGAUAUUUAUAAUGUGUGAAAUGUACUCAAAUAAAAGAUCAAGAGGAUGUACACAAGCACAGAGCUUGCCACUAUAAGGCCAUCCCUGAAAGGAAGAAUGUAAAACCAUUUUCAUAAUGCUGAUUUUAAAUGAAUUAUUUUUAACCAGCCUUUCAAGAGUUUGUAGUAAACGUGUAAUGUUCAGGCUGCUAACAUGCCGUUUGCCAUGCAUGAGAAGGCACAUGCAUUUUAAUAGCUGUUACUGAGAAUAAACGUCUGAUUCUGCUAACUUUAUUUAAAAGCACUCAACUGCAAGCAAUAAUAGGAAUAAUGCCUUUGCUGUAAGGUAGUUACCUUGAAUUAACCUUAAUUUUUUGUUUGUUAAAACAAACGUUUCCCCUUUCUGACAAAAAGGGGACUUAACACUAAUGUUUGCUUGGUUUAAUCACAGCCCAUUUUACCGCGCUGGACCACGUUCUUUUAGAUCAUUUGAAUGAAUUUCACUUAGUGGAACUACAAGGUGGGCAAAAUGACUGUUUCUGUGAUGACCUGGGCACAGGCCUAUAUAACCACAGAAAAAGAGUUGAAGAGAGUGAAUUAACUUUGUAUUUUAUUCCUAGAAUGCUUUGAGGUAGCCUUGGCUUUCGCAGAACUUGAAAUAUUUUGUGAUGACAGUAUUUAAGGGAUAGUUGAUAGUUUUAAAGGGAAAGGAGUUUACAUUGUUUCAGAAUAAUUGAUUUCACCAUUUUUAUUUUUGGUAAAAUAAAAUUACUGACUAAAACUGG